UAUAUAAACUUGUUUCACUAGUUCUAGUAAAUAUAUUUGGGCUAUCCUAAAAAGAAAAGAGGGAAAAACUAUCAAAUAUAUGAGCAAGUUUAACUAGUUCUAAAAAAUAUAUCUUGGCCUUCCUAAAAUGAAUAUAGGCGUUUCACCCUUCAAAAGGUGAAAAGAUCCGCCUUAUAUGCUUGUGGCACCUCAGACAUCCGUGACAGGAAGGCGCUCACGAUGAACGCCAGUCCAGCGAUGACCGGACUUCAUUGUUUAUCUGGACGGAAAGCCUGUAGAAGUAUAAUAGCGGUGUUGUUCAUAACGGUUAUUGGCGCAGAAGAGGCUCCCCUUCCCUUCGCUUCUGGUGUUAAAAGUCAGCAUGGCGUGUAUAUCGAGAAGUGGGAAGGAGUGGAUACUUAUGACAUCAAGACUCUUCUAAAGGACUCACGCUUCCCCAACCUCCCAACCUGGCGCGGUUACGGCUCCGCCUUUACGCAACCCGAGAACUGGGGCGAGAAUUUCGGUACCCGGAUCAGAACCUACUUUGUACCACAGCAGAGCGGUUCUCACAUAUUCUAUAUUUCUGCUAACAAUCAAGGUCAGCUUUUUCUGAGCAGUGAUGAAACGGCCAAGCAUAAAAGUUUAAUUGCAAGUGUAUCUGGCAAACGAUCUACAAAGCCGACAGAAUAUUAUAAGUAUGAUGAGCAGAAAUCAUGGCCAGCGCAGCUCACAAAAGGAAAGUUCUAUUACAUGGAGACGCUGAUGUCGGAAUACUAUAGUGGUGAUUCAUUGGGAGUCGCGGUAGAGACUCCAGAUGGCAAAUUCUACGCACCCAUCCCCUCUCAGUUCUUGUGGACAGCCUAUUCAUCAUCGUCAGCACAGUUCAAUUCCGCCUCGCAGAUGAACCUUAUGAAGGUAGCGGCCCGAGCAGGAGCGAGAGCGGGAGCCAAUGCGGGAGAGUCAGCAGCUUCUCGUUCAGGGGCUCGUGCUGGAGCCGCAGCCGGAGCAGCUGCAGGAGCAGAAGGAGGAGCAAAGGCUGGGGCCGAAGCAGCCGCGAAGGCAGCGAGAAGAGUAAUGAAUAAAGCUAUAAACCUUGCUCUGAAGGCGUACUCAGGACCUGGUGAAGUGAUCAAUAUUCACUUGAAUAAGUAUGGAGUUGCGUCAAAAGAAGCGGAAUCUCAGAAAGGGACAUCCCCUUCAGGAGGCUCGUCAAGUGGGACUGGCGCUUCCUCUGCCGGGGGUUCAUCAGCAGGAGCAUCUGGUGGCGGACACCAGGGGGCAGGAGGAGGAUCUGCAGCGGGUGGAGGUACCGGAAGUGGAAGUACCGGAAAUGGAAAUGCCGGAAGUGGAAAUGCCGGAAAUGGAGGUGCUGGGGGUGGAGGCGCCGGGGGGGGAAGCACAGGUGGAGCAAGUGCUAGCGGAAGUAAAUCCUCAUCUUCUAGUGCUUCGUCACAGUCUGGUUCUAGCGCUGCUCUGAUGUCACGCCGUGUUCCGAGCGAGAAGCCGAUUUUCACAGCAAUUUUGCCUUCUGGUGGAACCAAAGAAGGGAUGCUACAUAUGGGAAUGGCUGGUAAUCAGAAUGUAGCUAUCACGCCAGGUGCUACAUUCGUCAAAAUGCCAAACGACGGCGAAGAUCCUGACGAGAUUGCCAGGAAAUCAGUGUUUUUGAACGGGGCCGCAAAAGAAGUUGUGAUUGGAUCAAAGUACACUAUCCACUCCCUUAACAUCCCAGCCAUACAAGAGAAUGCCACCAUCAAUCAGUGUUUCCGGUCGGAUGAAAGCCACCUCAACAUGGACACUCACUGUCAGUAUUUUAUCGCCCGGAGAGGUUUGAAGAUGGUACCCGGGAGAGAAAAUAGCCUGCUUUCCUUCGAGUCUGCAUGUAUUCAAGGGUACUUCAUCGUUCAGAGGAACUUUAGGUUCUUCCUGGGAAAGAAAGAUGGCACUGACCAUUUCAACAAAGAAGCAACAUUUGUGUUCCAUAAGAUCGUAGCUUACCCGUUUUCACUGAUGAUCAUGAUGAUACACCACGACCUCUGGUUCAUUUGCGAAUCCAUGAAAGACCGCAAACACGGCGUCGAACUAAUCUUAAGAUACGCCAGUGAGAAGAAAGAAUUCCAACAGCGCUGUGCGUUUACAUUUCUACCAAUCCCUAGCGAAAAAAGUCCGACUGCGAACUGCCGAAACGUCAUAGAUGUAUCAACGCCUUCUAUACCUGGCCAUUCGAAAAAGAACAAGGGUGCAGAGACAACUAAUCAAACGUGUGUCGCUAUUAAGUUUAUAAACAAAGAAUUCAUCACCUUCAAACUUAUCACCGAUGUCAAUGACAAAGAGUACUUGGUAUCAGAAGGAGUCUUCAAGCUGAGAGUGAUCGUCAAACGCCCUGAGCUUCACCCACAGGUGUUAUUUAAGGCGGAAGACCCGAAAGAAGAAAGACGGAUUCUCCUAAAUGGAGACAAGACGAUUGCAGUGGUACCAAAACAACAAUGUGAUGACUAUUUAAGCGUCGAAGUAUCAUCGAAGAAAGAACUAGCGGAGUCACCGAAAGAAAAACCGAGUGUUCAUUAUCAUUACCACUACCACCCUGCACAAGCGUCAAGCCCUUCACCAGCUCCGCCGCUUCCUCUGCAAAGUGCUUGUCCAGCAGCCUGCCAGCCAGCUUCCACUUGCCUCCCGUCAUGUCCUGCGGCCUGCUGCACUGUUUGAUGGCAACGGAGUCCACAUAUGUUUGUACGAGCUUCAAUCGACACCGCGGAAAUAUUUUUUUAUACGCACGAUCAUAAAUGUUAUGGUCAGCGGCGUAUCCCAGAAGAAAUAUUAACAAUGGCGGACGUUCAAAUACUGAAUCUCUUUCGAAAUAACAGAAAAUGAAAUUGCCUGAAUAAAUAUAAACAACAAAAGUA